AUGUCGUACAGCAAUGAAGACGCCGGUUCGUGGUCGCCACCGCAAGGCAACUUCAGCAACUUCGCCGCUGGUGCGUUCGACUCAGCUGGACGAAUCCCGCGCGGCCGCACACCCAGCGACCUUUCGUACAACGGAGAAGACCCUGCACCUCAGCAGCAACCUCCGCAGCAUCGUCACGGGGCACGAUCACCCGCAUACGACGACCAUCAAUCGUCCCCACCGCGCGGUGAGGACGAUGAGGACGAUGAAGAUCAAGACGAGGACAACCACGAGCCGACUUCUCGUGAGAAGUUCCCGAAGGCCCAGCGCGCCGCCGCAGAUGGGCCAGGUAGUACCAACCGUGCUAAACAAGGCAACUACGACCCGGAAGUGAAGCAGGCCAUGGCGCUAGCGGUCGUCUAUUUCAAGAGCAUGAUCAUGGCCGAGGAUGCGUAUCCUGACAAGUUAAAAGAGAAGAUCUGGGCAUCCACUUCGUGGUACAAGGCUGCAGAGAAGUUGUCGGUAGAGUUGGCGCCUACAGCGGAGAUCUUGGGAUUGAUUGCACAAUAUUCUUGGAAUCUGCGCGGCGAGAUCAAGGUCGCAGCUCGAGGACUGGUGCAGGGAACAUACGCGUUCAAGCCGUUCGUCGACACGGCUUCACAGGACUACAAUCGCCAGCUUUCAGCGAUGUUAACCCGCAACCGCACGUUCACCUACGACAUCAUCGAUAAAGUAGACGACAAUCAUGAAGGUCUUUACGAAGCCUCGGUAAUCCAAAUGGUUGUCAAUCGCGUCUUUUACAAGAACCCCUCCGACGAUGGCAUUGUCCUCGAUACUGUAUACCAUCCCUUCCCGGAGCAAGCCCUCGCUUUGGUCCUUACGGCGAUCCAGUGUGCCAUCGACGAGUGGAACACUGGUGCAUACCGCAAUGUCACCUUCUCCGAAAACGAUUACGGCGCUGUUUACGAGAAGCACCGUCGUGAACUGAAGGAGUUUGAGCUCAGGUCGGGGGCGGAUAGGAUUUUGACGGAGAUUCGGACGAAGCUUUCGAAGCAUGGUCGGUUGAAUGCGAAGGCGCCUGCCAUGCGCCGUGAAGACGAAUCGUCGCUAACGCAGGAUGCGAUGGACCGCGCUGUCAGGUCUUAUAAUCGCCGUAAGCAGGCUGCCUUGCGCGAAGGCAGCCCCAGGCAGGACAACUAG